AUGGAGCAAAUGACGGAACCAGCAUACCGAGUCCGCGUUAACUUGAGUCGUUUCUUUGACGACGAUCGUUCGCUGUGUUACAUGUCGGUGCAUGGCGGCCGGCGAGUGCGCUGGCUGCAGCGGCGACUGCGGCGGCUGUUCGCGCUGCCGCGGCGACUUGUUAUACCACUAGCUGUUGGGCGCAACUGGACAUUUGGGGAAAAGUCAACAGAAUCUACUAUUACAAGUGACAUUCCUGAUCAAGAGGCUGAUAUUCAAGAGAAUAAUGAGAACAUUAUGAUGAUGUCUGAAUGUGGUGAAGUCAAUGUCACUGUUAAUGAUGAAAGAGGAAAAAUGAAUGACAGUUGUGUCAGCGACAGUGAUUGUAGUAAAAGCAUAAUAAAUAAUGAUAUUUGUUAUUCUAAAGAUGAUGUUGAUGGGCUGGAAAUGCUUAGAGAAGAUGAAAAUUUAAAACAAAUUAAAGACAAAGCUUUAGCUUUGCUGGAAAAAUUCCAAGAACAAUCAAAUGAGAACUUAUUGCUGGAAACAUCACAGGAACAAUGUAAUGAGAAAUUGCAAAUAAAUUUCCAAAGAAAUACUGAUAUAUCUUCAAAUCAAGAUCGUCCUCGUCGCGUUAGGCGACGAGUGCGGCGAAGACGCCCAUGUGCUGUCCCUGGAUCUACCGCAACUACUCUUCCUAAAGAAAUCACUUCACUUACAGAAAAAUUACAGAAAAAUGAUUCUGAGUCACAAAGUAGUAUUCAAAGUCCUACUGCCCCGCACACUACCACAGCUUCAUUAUACUCAGGUCAUGUAGCUGCCACAGUUGUGCAGAAUAGUAAAGUCGCACCUAGAACUGCACGUUUGGUCCGACCUUUGGGCCAAGAACCUUGCAUUGAAACCACAAUAGCAUAUUGAAAAUACAUUUAUUACUUAAUUUCUAUCUAUGUGAGUCUAUUUCAAAUUUCCAUUUCCAAAAUUGUUUAUAAAGUGAAACCCAAUAUAUCUGUACCUAAGGUAUAUAGAAAAGUCUUAAUCUGUAUUGUUAAUGUGCAUAAUCUUUGAUAAUAAUAUGUUUACUAAUUGCCGCCAUCUGUUCCCAUUGUAGGUAACCUACAAUACAACAUCUAGCAGUUAAAUGCUUAGUAAAUAAAAAAAUAACUACAAUGUUAACUAAUAGUCGUAAUACGGUAUUUGGAGGCCUAAUGACCUCAGUGACCCUUUUGAAUUGAAUGGGGUAUUUUUAAAUGCACAGCAAAUAACUUAUUGCCCAUCAAGUUAUUUACAGCAAUUGCAUCGGGGGGCACGGCAGUGCCCCCGCCAAGUCGAACGCGUGGCAAACACUGCCGUACCAUCCUUUACUGGAACCAUUUCGCCGCAUUUUCAGGCCCCUAUUUGAGAACCUCUGGAUAAGACCAGAACGCAGAAAUUUUCGUCAUCCAGUAAGCUAUAAUCACAUACUUAAAAUCCAAAAUUUCAAGUCUGUAGGUCAUUCAGUUCCGAAGUCAAGCGAAAGCAAAGUUUCGAAUUUAUGACACACACACUCAUGAUCAUCAGAAUAGAACUAGUGCUUCCCAUAAACCCAGAGAGCUGAAAUUUGGUAUAGAGUUAGGGUUUAAUGGCCACAUAAAAGGAAAACUAUAAAAACUAGGAUAACCGAAGAUCUGGAGUACCUGGUGACCCUGAUUAGAAAACACAAUUGGGCUCUUGUGUUAGAAGAGAUCGACGUACCGCCUUUACAAAAAAUAUUCAACUUAAUGGGCCGCUUCAUUUGAUGUCAAAAAUCGAAGGUCUGAAGUAUCUGAUGAAGAACCCUCAGCUGUAUUAUAAAUGCGAUUCAACUAAGAAUAGGACCGACUGGACGCCAUAUUGUGACGUCAUAGCUGUCAAUUCGAACGAAAUAGGUAGAGUGAGCAAAAAAAAAUUUUAUUUAAUAAAAUUUAUUUACUAAGAUUAAAUGAGAAAAAACAUCAGAUUUUUUGUAAUAAGAUUUAUUUAAUAAGUUUAAGAAAAGAAAACAACCUAAUUUUAAUAAUAUUUAUUUAUUAAGACUGUGAGAAUAAUCAUUAAUCAGAAUUAAGCUCUUUAAUUCCGUUCAUAUUUGCAUUACAUUCAAGAUUUUUUUGCAAACCGUACUUUUCAAGCGACAUUUGACAGAUGGAGGUCAUUGGCUUUCCUAUUCUUAUUUGAAUCGCAUAAUAGAGAUAUAGGGUGUAUUCCGUAAUAUAUACCAGUAUACUGGCCAGUGCUAAUGACGUCAUGAAUCGACGCUAUACUGGUGAAUUGUUCCGAAAUAUAUUGGCCAGUGCACUGACGUCAUAAUUCGAAGAAAUAUUAAAAAUAGUGCGAAUAAAGAAGAUUUUUUUAUUCACCUCAUCAGUUAAAAGGAAUUCUUCUUGUUCGGAUGCCGUUAUUGUUCUUUAAAUAAAAAAGAAAUAAAAUUUGAAUGCUUCUCACGCACCCUCGGUCAUAAGUCAUAUUCGUUUUCCCGGUAAAAAUAUGGUAGCAUGCCAGUACAAUAUGGCGUCGGAUUCGUGACGUCAUUACCACUGGCCAGUAUACUGAUGUAUAUUUCGGAAUACACGCAUAGUAAUGCCCCCUUCUGAAUCACCAAUGACACUAAUCGUAACUCGAAAUUGUACACAUUCGUCAGUUUACCCCCCAAGUCAAGCGUGCCUAAAGAAGUUUUAUUUCAAUAAUUAGAUUUUAUGUCAAUUAAAACGGUGUUUGGCUUAGGUAAACUGCUGUAUGAGAUAAAAAUAUGGCAGCUUUGUUUAAAAAAAUUAUGCAAUAUCAAAACAAAUAGAAUUUGUUUUGAGGUGGUUAUUAUUAGCUAUACAUUCUUAAAAAAGCUUUAGUUUUUAAUAAAUAGCGAUGCAUCACGAACUUUAAUUUUUACUAAUAUAACAAUAUUUU